AUGUUCAUGAGUGCGAUCGCUCGACCACGGACUCUUCCAGAUGGAACUUACUGGGAUGGAAAGAUUGGCAUUUGGCCAUUCGGCAAAUUCGAACCGGCAAAACGUGACAGUGUCAACCGGAAAAAGGGAACUCUUGAGUGGAAGAACCAAUCAGUCGACACAGAAGAGUACCGGUCCAUGAUGCUGAACAACGUCAUCCCAGCAAUCUGCAACAAGUGGCCAGCUGGAGAGUUCUCGAAUCCUCACAUGAAAAUCCGAGUUCAGCAGGAUGGCGCUCCUGCUCAUUUUGACGAGAAAAAGGAUGAGGAAUGGAUCGAAUAUCUGGAAGCGAUGGGCCUUACCGACAAGCUUGUGCUGUACACUCAGCCACCCAACUCACCCGACCUCAACUGCAACGACCUUGGUUUCUUCCACGCCAUUGAUGCCGUGUACCAACGUGAAAAUCCAAAGAAACAUGGCGACAUCAUUGCCUGUGUUGAGAGGGCAUACUGGGCAUUCGAUCCAAAGAGGCUCAACCACAUCUGGUUGACACACAUGUCUGUCAUGAACGAGACCUUGAAAGCCCAUGGCAACAACGACUUCAAAAUUCCUCACAUGAAAAAGCAACAACUUGAGCGAAAUGGGAUGCUUCCUAAAGUUCUCGAUGCCGUAGAAGAAGCCCGCGACAUGCUGCAGGUAGCCCAGAGUGAUGCAGAGGGAGCCAUGGUGGAAUGA